GACGAACCGAGCUGCGCAACCCCGGGGCAGUAGGAGAGUUACCGCGGCAGCCGUGCACUUCACCUUCACCAUGGAUUCUUCCGGGUCUGCUUUGCCCUCGGCGCGCAUUAAACUUGCCCAACUACAAUCUCAAGCAUGGCAGAGGUGAAUGAGCCUUUAAGGAGCCACCAUUACUGGACCUGUCCCGUCGCGGAAACGGACGGCAGCGCCUCGUGCCGGUGUCCCUCGCCCCUCGCCUAGCUAGCCGCCCGCCUGUAUAGCCUGGGCUUCACUUGAGUCUUGAGGAGUGAGUGGACGUCAGUGGGUCGAGCUAGCCAGCUAGUGAGUGAGUGAGUGUGUGCGCCACUGCUUUGCGGCGCUCGCGCAGUUCCAUGGCGAUCUCCCGGCUCUCCGCGCUCGUCGCCGCCCUCGCCUGCUGCUGCCUCGUGCGGCUCGCCCAAUGCGGCGGCGGCGGGCAGAACUACACCUCCAUGUUCAGCUUCGGCGACUCCCUGACCGACACCGGCAACCUGCUCGUGUCCAGCCCGCUCUCCUUCAACAUCGUCGGCCGCUUCCCGUACGGCAUGACCUACUUCCACCGCCCCACGGGACGCUGCUCCGACGGCCGCCUCGUCGUCGACUUCCUCGCGCAAGCGUUCGGGCUGCCGCUGCUGCAACCGUACCUGUCGCGCGGCAAGGACGUCCGGCAGGGCGUCAACUUCGCCGUGGGCGGCGCCACGGCCAUGGAUCCGCCCUUCUUCCAGGGGAUCGGGGCGUCCGACAAGCUCUGGACCAACCUGUCGCUCAGCGUCCAGCUCGACUGGUUCGACAAGCUCAAGCCUUCACUCUGCAGCUCACCCAAAAAUUGCAAGAAGUAUUUCAGCCGGUCGCUCUUCCUCGUGGGGGAGAUUGGGGGAAACGACUACAACUACGCCUUGUUCAAGGGCAAGACCCUGGACGACGCCAAAUCCUACGUGCCCACCGUCUCCUCCGCCAUCAUCGACGCAACCGAGUUCUUACUCUGCUCUGCUGGUUGUGCAUUGGCGGCACAGAGGCUGAUCAAGGGCGGCGCGAUGCACCUGGUGGUGCCGGGGAACCUGCCGAUGGGCUGCUCGUCGGCGUACCUGACCCUGCACCCCGGCAGGAACAGCAGCGACUACGACUCUGUCGGCUGCCUGAAGACGUACAACGAGUUCGCGCAGCGCCACAACGCCAUGGUCCAGCAGAAGCUGCAGGUGCUCCGCCUCAAGUACCCCAAGGCCCGGAUCAUGUACGCCGACUACUACGGCGCGGCCAUGUCCUUCGCCAAGAACCCCAAGCAGUUCGGGUUCAAGCAGGGGCCGCUGAAGACGUGCUGCGGCGGCGGGGGGCCGUACAACUUCAACCCGACGGCCAGCUGCGGCGUGCGGGGGUCCAGCGUGUGCGCCGACCCGUCGGCGUACGCCAACUGGGACGGCGUCCACCUGACGGAGGCCGCCUACCACGCCAUCGCCGACAGCAUCCUCCACGGCCCCUACACCAGCCCCAGGCUGCUCUGACCCCCAGCCUGCUUCUGCUUCUGCUUUUCUAGUGUUCUUGCUUGUUAAGCAAGUAGUAGUCGUGACUGAUCUGUCAUCUGUGUAAUGGCUGUGGGCGACCAACUGGACAGAAGAGGCUAGAUCGAGGUGGAAGUGAUGUACUGCCUGUUACUGUAUGAUAUGACCGCGCAUUUCUGUGA